AUGCACAAGUGCGCCAAGUGCGACACCGUUCUCCCCGCAGAGAACCCCAAGCGCUGCUCCGCAUGCCGUGAGGCUUGCUACUGCAGCCAAAAGUGCCAACAGGAGCACUGGCCGCUCCACAUCUUCGACUGCAAGCCUGGCCAGCCGAUCAGCACCGUGUACUACCUCGCGCGCGCGAUCCACAACAACAUCGUCCCGAGCGAUCCCCAGACAAGGAUUGACUACGGCUUCGAGAAGAUCGCGGAACACGACGGCCGCUCGAGCGAAGACUACCUGCUCAUCGUCUACGCGAUCGUCCUCAAAUCCGUCUCGCCCCAGAACCUCCGCCGCUGGCAGCGCAACGGCCGGCUCGCGCCCGAGAUCAAGGCCCUCUUCGAGGCGAUGCCCCCCGAGACCCGCGGCGGAGGCUACAAGCUCUUCCUCAAGUACGAGCGCAUCUUCGACCGCCCGGACGACGUCGAGAAGGGGGUCGCGCACCCCCCCGCGGACACGCACAUGAACAAGCUCUACCGCGACGGCUGGAUCCACAUGGGCGGGGACCCGAAGGCGCCCCAGGCGGAGAUCGACGCGUCGAUCCGCGCGCUCUCCCCGCGCGCGCGCUUCGUGCACUACGCGUACAUCAUCCUCUUCGCGAGCGAGCUGCCCGCGCCGCAGAUGCCGGCGUGGCUCGCGUUCGGGUUCGUGACGACGAGCUCGGAGCGGGAGGUGUCGGAGCUCGGGAUGGCGUACAUCGAGCUCGUCCACUACUGCACGUUCGACGAGUUCCUCGAGGCGUACAACGAGGGGCGCAUGCCCGGGCUCUUCCGCCAGUACCGCGUCGCGCUUCCCAAGCCCCGGGUCUUCGAGGCGAUGAUGGGCGACAAGCCGGACAUGUUCGAUUCGGUGUGGUACCUGAAGGCGCACGUCGACAUCCUACAGGUCUCAAAGGAGGACAACGCGGAGCGGUUUUACGACCCGAAGCCUGCGACGCGCUGCGGAGACUACGGGUACGACAAUGUGCGGGACAAAGCCGAGUCGAAGCUGCUGGACGAGCUGUACCUGGAGCUGUUCGGGAAGGUUCAGAAAGGGAUGGAUCCGCUGGAGCUCCACCAAGCGUGCAUGGACGGGAAGCUGGUCGAGUACGUGAGCCGGUUCGUGAAGCUGGGGACGCACGCGGCGCUGUACAAGCGGCUGUUGAACAAGAGGACGAGCCUGGGGAGGAGAGGUGAGUUGUCGUUGAGAUCGCUCCAUGUGGUAGCUCAUGAUGUAUUCCGCACAGGUUGA